CAACGUUGGCUCGCUCUCUCGCGAAGCGCACGCGCUACAAGGCUGCUCUGUCUGUUGCCUGCUGUUCUGGCAGUGACCGUCGCCAGUUUAGCACGGAGAUGUUUCGACAACGAUGUAACUUAUAAUUCCGGAAUGUACGAGGUAUAAGCUUUGAUUACCACACAUCGAUCCCUGUUGGUUAGUGCCGUGAAGUGUCUACGGACUGCCACCAAUCGUUGGUACUAGGAAUACACCAUCGAAGGUUCCUGAUAGCCAGCAAAGAUGGCGGACCCGGCCGAAGGUGGGGGGUCGGAACAAGAUGAUGUGUCUUUUCUCAGAACGGAUGACAUGGUCUGCCUCAGCUGCAUCGCACCCUCCAAGGACAGCAGCUCCAUCGACCGUGUGUGUCUGGCCGCUGAGGGGUUCGGGAACCGCAUGUGCUUUCUUGAGAAUAUAUCAAGCAGAGUCGGCUGUCAGGAUGUUCCUCCGGAUAUCUCUGUGUCUGUGUUUGUGCUGGAACAAGCCCUUUCGGUCCGCGCUCUACAAGAGAUGGUCACCUCAACAUCCCAAGAUUCCACAGCAGCCCAAUCUGGUCACAGAACAUUAUUGUAUGGUCAUGCAAUUCUUCUCAGACAUCUCCAUGGAAACAUGUAUCUCUCCUGUCUUUCAACCAGCUCCUCCAAUGACAAACUGGCCUUUGAUGUCGGCUUGCAGGAAACUGCAAAUGGUGAGUCAUGUUGGUGGACAAUCCAUCCCGCUUCCAAACAAAGAUCUGAGGGUGAGAAAGUCCGAGUCGGAGAUGAUCUCAUCCUCGUCAGCGUGUCCUCAGAAAGAUACCUGCACAUCGGCAGUGGUUCUGCAGUCAUAGCAUCCUUCCAGCAGACUCUGUGGACUGUGGUGCCAAUGUGUUCUGGCGCCGUCAGGACCAAAGCUUUAGCUAAUGUGUUUGGUGGGGAUGUGUUGAGACUGUUCCAUGGACAUAUGGAUGAGUGUCUCACAAUACCAGAAGCCGGCAGUGAAACUGAAUUCAAUGCUGUGAUGUAUGAGACUGGAGCUGUAUGCAGCCAUGCUAGAUCUCUGUGGCGACUUGAACACAUCAGAACAAAAUGGGCUGGUGGGUUCAUGGGAUGGGGACAGCAGUGCAGAAUUCUCCAUGUAACAUCUGGCCGCUACCUGGCGGCUGUCAAGGACAACCAAGUUCACACCGUCCAUCGUAGCAGCGCCUCAGAGGAGAGCACUGCAUUCUUUGUCAGGCAGUCAAAGGAUGACAAGAAGAUGUCUGAAGGUCGUGAGGACGAGGGCAUGGGUCGCCCUGACAUCAAGUACGGUGACUCUAUUGUAUUCAUCCAACACUGCUCCACCAACCUGUGGCUCUCCUAUCAGACAUUCGAGACAAAGAAGAGAGGCGUUGGCAGAGUGGAAGAGAAAAAAGCUGUGAUGUUGGUGGAGGGUCACAUGGACGAUGGCUUCACCUUGUCAAGAGCCCAGGAAGAGGAGUCGCGAUCUGCUCGUGUCAUCAGGAAGUGCCAGUCGCUAUUCACAAGAUUUAACAAAGCUCUGGACAGCCUGAAGACAGAAGGUCGGAACUCCCAUGCCUGGGGUCGGAUAAGUUUAUCGGAGGUCAUCAAAUGUCUGGAGGAUCUCAUUGACUACUUUGCUCAGCCUGGAGACCAUGAAGAACAUGAAGAAAAACAAAAUAAACUUCGCGCUCUUCGUAACAGACAAGAUCUGUUUCAGGAAGAGGGUAUGAUUGCUCUCAUUCUGGAGACAAUUGACAAACUGAGCCAGUACAAGAGUAAACAGAAGUUUGCCCACUAUGCCGGAGAGGAUGCAGCCGAGAGCUGGGAUGACAUCUCUUCCUAUCUCUAUCUCUUACUGGCGGCCAUGAUCCGUGGUAACCGUGCCAACUGUGCCCAGUUUGCCCAGUCCUACCGCCUGGACUGGCUGGUGAACCGACUGGAGAGUCAGCAGUCUUCCAAAGGUGUGCUUGAUGUGCUUCACUGUGUGCUUAUCGACUCUCCAGAAGCUCUCAACAUGAUCAAGGAGAAACAUAUCAUCACUAUCAUAUCUCUCAUUGACAAACAUGGCAGAGACCCAAAGGUGCUAAACGUGUUGCGGUCUCUGUGUGUUGGUAAUGACAUCGCUGUCCGAACCAACCAGAAUCUCAUCUGUGAUAACCUGUUACCUGGCCGUGAUCUCCUCCUGCAGACAAAACUUGUUGACCAUGUCACAAGUUUGCGACCAAACCUGUUUGUUGGUAUCUGUGAGGGAUCUCCUAUCUACAAGAAGUGGUACUUCGAGGUUGUGAUUGUAAACUGUGAGGCCUCCACCCAUCUCCCACCCCACCUCCGUAUUGGGUUUGCCAACACCGAGGGUUUCAUGCCCUACCCCGGGGGAGGAGAGCACUGGGGGGCCAACGGGGCUGGAGACGACCUCUACUCAUACAGUUUCGAUGGACUUAAUCUCUGGACAGGUGGCAAGCCGAAGUGUGUCCGACCUGGAACGGUGAACUUCCAGAAGAAUGACAUCAUUGGCUGUGCCCUUGACCUUUCCAUACCACAGAUAAUGUUCACAGUGAAUGGAGUCAAAGUUCGGGGCAUCUUCAAGGACUUCAACCUGAGCGGCAUGUUCUUCCCUGUUGUCACUCUCGGAGCCAAUGUCAGUGCUCGUUUUGUAUUUGGCCACGAUCAUGGUCGACUAAGGUAUGGACCACCAGAAGAGCAUUCCCCCAUCAUUGAAUCCUUGCCGCCAAAAGAGAAGGUAAAGAUUGAGCCAUAUUUCUACUUCGGGAACCUCGUGAAGAACAUGCUGAGUGGCCCAACAGAGACCAUGGAUUAUGUCCCCUUUGUGCCAAACCCUGUCACAACAUCCAGAAUUCAGCUUCCAGCUUUCAUAGAGAACGUGCGGGACAAGCUAGCAGAGAACCUGCAUGAGAUGUGGGCCAUGAACAAGGUGGAGCAAGGAUGGACAUAUGGAGAGGUGCGAGAUCCAGAUCGCAAAAAGAAUCCUGCUCUCACAGCUUUUGAGAAGGUCCCCAUCUCGGAGAAGAAAUAUGUCAUCACAGUGGCCUUUGAAACUCUGAGAACAUUGCUAGCCCUGGGCUACCACAUCUCCAUCAGCCCCCAGCAGCAACAGAACAACCGCAUGAAGACCAUCAAGUUGGGCAACAACUUCCUUCAGAGUAACGGCUACAAGCCGACCCCCCUGGAUCUGUCCGGGAUACAGCUGAACGACAAGAUGGAGGAAUUGGUGGAGCUGCUGGCUGAGAACACUCACAACGUUUGGGCCAAGGACAGGAUCAAACACCACUGGACAUACGGCCUGAAUGAGGACCCCCUGCACAAGAGAAGUCCCCAUCUCGUCCCCUACAACAAGGUGGACCAACACAUCAAGAAGGCUAACAGAGACACUGCGAGUGAGGCUGUGCGGACGCUGAUGGCGUACGACUACAUGUUGGAGCCUCCCACCAGCGAGACCGGGGAGAGCGGUAUGACAGGAAGUAAAUUACAAGACCGAUUAGCAGCCCUAGGUCUGCGAACAGCCAUGACACGUGAAAUCUCUGAGACUUCUGUGAAAACAAGAACAUACAGGGCAGAGCUGACUUAUUCUGUGUCUGGAGGAAAAUGGUACUACGAGUUUGAGGUUGUGACAACUGGCUUCAUGAAGGUCGGAUGGAUGAAAAAAUCAGCAGCCCCUGGCGUGGACAUUGGUCUUGAUGGGAUGUCGUAUGGGUUUGAUGGAUAUGUGGGUCGUAAGUGGCAUGAAGGAUCUGAGCAGUACGGCAAAGUGUGGCAGACGGGCGACGUCAUCGGUUGUCUCCUUGACAUGAAUGACAAGACAGUCUCGUUCUCCCUGAACGGUGAGCUGAUGAUGGAUGCUCUGGGACAGGAGAUUGCCUUCAGAGAGGUGGAUGUAGAGGAAUCCUAUGUCCCUGCCUUGACACUGGCGGCUCACCAGCAGGCCAAGUUCAACUUUGGGCAGGAUGUGAACACACUCAAGUACUUCACCUGCUGUGGCCUUCAGGAGGGCUAUGAGCCAUUCUGUGUGAACAUGACCCGUCAGAUGACGCUGUGGUACGGGAAGGAACAGGCGCUGUUCAAGCCGCUUGAGAACGUCAACCCCAGCCUUGAGAUCAGCAGGAUUCCCGGAGGGUCAAAUGUGACUCCGAGUCUUAAGGUGAUGUCGAAGACGUUCGGGACACUGGAGAAGGUGCACCUGGACUACCUACGUCUCAGUCUGCCAGUCAAGUGCAACGAUGAGUUUGUCACCAGGGAUCGCAACUUUGCCCAGUCCGUGCUGGAGAAGCGGCUGAACCUGGAGAACCUGCGCCGCCGUGACGUGGACAUCGAGGAGGAGGCUCCAACAGGUGGGACGUUGUCCAGCAGUCAGGAAAACUACAGUGAUGCUAACAUCAGUGACGCUUCUCUAGAACGUGCUAAUAAAACUACCACAGACCAGAGUAGUGAGAGUGGGUCGGGCGAGCAUGAUGACCGUCCCCACCAUAACCAUGUCCCCGACAGCAUACUGGAGGACACCAUACCAGAGGCUAAUGAGGAGGACUACACACCAGAGGAAGGCCCCGACAUGCUCAAUGGUGGACCCGAUCUCACACUCCGGAAAACCCUGCAUAGAGGUCUUACUGAUGACGGUUCUGUUGAUGAUAGAAGGAAAACCUUCAGACAGACCGCCAAGUCUGGUAAAGGACGUUCACUUGACGACUCUGCCAUCACAGACAGGACAGGAGGAGGCAUGAAAGCAGCUGCUAGUGAAUCCCAACUGAAUGAGUCUUCCGAUUCUUUUUUGACACCACCCAAACAGAAGAGAUCUGGAUCCAAACUGUCCCUCCUCGCAGACAAGAUGCUUGACUCGGCCAAACACAUCGGUGAUAACAAGAACACCAAACGUGGCAAGUCACCAUUCACAUCCAUAUUCAGGAGAUCCAAGUCUCGGGACCCGUCUCCCAACAACAUGGGAAGAACACGUUCAACAGAGUACUCAAGCUUGGACAGGAAACAUGACAUAUCUAAGAGGCUUGGCAAGGACGCACAGAAAGCUACACCAAAGAAAUCAGCAACGCUUCCGCCAGUCAGGAUCACUUCCGGUUCUGACAUGACAGACUCUCAGGACCUUGAUCUGGAAGGAGAAUUCAUCCCAUUUGAGUUUCAGGACCAGAUGAAGCGGAGACCGAUGUUACCCGAGUUUCCUGAAGGGUCGGAGAAUGGAUUUGAAGAAAUGGCAGAGUUGAAUGCCCUGGCUGAACAGAUAGACGAGUAUUGCUAUGCUGUGAGGAUCUUCCCAGGUCAGGACCCAUCACAGGUGUAUGUAGGCUGGGUAACAACCAACUUCCACUUCAAUGCAACGGCCUUCGAUUCCAAGAAGAUCAGGCAUGUUGUUUUAUCCUCCAUGGACAUGGACUACAAGAUCAAGUCCAGCGUCAGCAGGAAGAACUGCUAUAUGGUGUCAGCAGGAGACCUCCAGCAGAGGUACGCGGACUCCAACCAGGAGAUGUCAGGCAAGAGGUCAUCACCAGGCCUCGCCAUUGGCUGCUUCAUCGACUGCUCCACGGGCAUGCUCAGCUUCACUGUCAAUGGUAAAGAGGUCGCCAACAAGUUCCAGGUGGAACCAGGUACCAUGUUGUUCCCUGCUGUCAUAUGUGAGCCGACAAUCAAAGAAAUGUUCCAGUUUGAAAUGGGCAGCCACAAGACGUCGCUGCCACUGUCGGCCGCGGUGUUCCGAGGUCCAAAGUCUGUGAUACCGAUGAGCCCUCCCCGCCUGGACGUCCAAGUCCUUGCCCCGUGUCACUGGUCACGUGUGCCCAACAUCGCCGUCAAUGUCCACACCAUGAAGCUGUCUGACAUCAGAGGCCACAGUAUGCUGUGUGAGAAACCAGUUGCAAUGUUGGCAAUCCAUGUACCUGAAGAGAAUCGAUGUUUGGACAUUCUGGAGCUUAUAGAGUAUGAGCAUCUGUUGGAUUUCCAUGCUCGGACUCUUGACCUGUACAUGGCUGUCUGUGCCCAUGGCAACCACCGUGUAGCCAACGCCCUAACAAAGCAUGUUGAUGAGAAGCAACUUAUGUACUGUAUUCAGAGUGAAUACAUGUCUGGUCCUCUGCGACAUGCUUUCCACAACCUCCUCGUCACUAUGCAUCUCUCAUCACAUACAGCCGCCAGGAUUCUGACCCAGAAUGAGUACAUCAUCCCCCUCACCCCGAACACCAAAACGCUGAGUCUGUAUCGCAAGCUCAGUCCACUGGCAGGCAGCUACAAGAUCAAGCACCAGAUCCCUAGCAUGGAACAGAGUGUCUCCAUCAGACCUAUCCUGGCUCUGUCAGACCGAGACAUAGACGCCAGGGUACAGCGUGAUGGCAAGGACUGCACAUCACCUGUGUUUCCACUGGCCAAGUUGAAGUCAUACAUGAUGCAAGCUCUCAACACUGCUGCUGAGAAGGGAGCUUCCCAUAUCAGAGAUCCCAUUGGCUGGUCAAAUGCCAACCUCUUUGUCCCCAUCCUGAAGGUGAUAGACAACAUGCUGGUGAUGGGUCUCAUGGACGACGACGACUUGAGCCAACUACUCAUCCUCCUGGAGCCCAAUGUCUUCGGGGACAAGUUUGCAAGACAAAAUGCUGUGGGACUGGGACUGUUGAACAUGAAGCUGGCUGAAACUGUCAAACUGGAGGUGUGCCUCAUCCUCCAACAUCUGUGUGACACUCAGCUGCGGCACAGGGUCGAAUCUAUCAUCGCUUUCUCUGAUGGAUUUGUACACAGUGUCCAGAGUGACCAGAAGCGUCGUUACAUUGAGAUCAAGCAGGCUGACCUCCCUUCAUCAGUGACUGCCAAGAGGACAAGGGAGUUCCGGUGUCCGCCACAGGAGCAGAUGAGGGCGCUACUGACCUUCAAGAUAGUGGAAGACCAGGACCAGGACCAGCAGUGUCCAUGCCGCGAAGACAUCCGCGAGUCUCUUCGCAUUUUUCAUGGAGAACUCCUGCAGCACUGUGACAUGCCCACGUUCGAGGUCCCUGAAGAGAAGCCAUUAGAGGAGGAGGAUGUGCCGAAAAACCUCAGCCUCAAGGACAAGCUGAUGCUGAUGGUGGGACUCAGCAAGGGUCAGCAGGAGAACAUCGAGAAGGCCAUUGAUGAUGGACUCAAGCCAGAUUCUAUGCAGAAACUCAUAACACAAACAAUGGUGAAAUGGUCUGAAGAGAGCUUCAUCUCCAACCAGGACCUCGUGAGAGAAAUGUUCAGCCUACUCCACAGGCAGUAUGAUGGUAUUGGGGAGCUGAUGACUGCUCUGGACAAGGGAUAUGUCAUCAGCUGCAAGAGUCACGAGGAUAUCAACCUGCUGCUGAAGAACCUGGGCAUCAUCAGAUCCCUGCUGCUGGUUCAGGCUGGUCCAGAUGAGGAGGAGCUCAUGAAGACCAGUCUCAAUCGUGCCAUGGACAACAAGGUGUUCUUCCAGCACCCUGACCUGAUGCGAGCCCUGUGUGUCCACGAGACUGUCAUGCAGCUGAUGGUGAACACUCUGAACAAAGCUCAGCAGCAGCAGCAGUCCGCCACCAGUGGAGCACCUGAAACAGCAGGCCGCCAGCCUGCCACAACAUCAGAGACCAUCGACAGCAUCUCUGAACAGAACAAGCAAUCAAAUAAGGAGAGGAAGAAAACGUUUUGGGAUGCAGCUGCUGAGAUGGUGGUCAUGUGCUGUCGAUUCUUGUGUUACUUCUGUCGUACAAGUCGUCAGAACCAGAGUGCCAUGUUUGACCAUCUGAGCUACCUGUUGGAGAACAGCAGCAUGCUUCUAGCCCGGCCUUCCCUGCGAGGGUCCUGCCCACUGGACGUGGCGUGUGCCUCUCUCAUGGACAACAACGAGUUGGCCCUGGCUCUGCGGGAGUCUCACCUGGAGAAGAUCGCCAUCUACCUGUCAAGGUGUGGCCUGCAGACAAAUGCGGAGCUCAUUGAGAAGGGUUAUCCUGACAUCGGCUGGGAUCCGGUGGAGGGGGAGAGGUUCCUGGACUUCCUCAGGUUCUGUGUGUGGGUCAAUGGUGAGAGUGUAGAGGAGAAUGCCAACCUGGUCGUCCGUCUGCUGAUCCGCCGCCCCGAGUGUCUGGGCCCCGCCCUGAAGGGUGAGGGAGGAGGUCUGCUGAAGGCCGUCAAGGAUGGCAUCCGAAUGUCCGAGCAGAUCUCAGCAGCCAGAGAUGGAGCUUCCAGCAGCUACCUGGCAGCCAUGAAUGAUGAUGAUGACACUGGUGGCAACUAUCUGUUCCAGAGCAAGUACGACUUCUCUGCUCUCCCGUCUGAGGAUGACGAAGACUACAUUGACAUGGGAGGAGCCAUCUUGAACUUCUAUGCCAGUCUGGUGGACCUGCUUGGUCGGUGUGCCCCGGAUGCUGAGACUAUCAAGCAGGGCCGCAGCGGGUCCCUGAGGGCCCGGGCCAUCCUCCGGAGUUUGGUGUCCAUGGAGGACCUGGAGGGGGUGCUGGGCCUCCGCUUCAUCCUGCCAGUAGGGCUCAAUGCAGGAGGAGACCAGGAUGCUCCCCCGGCCAGUGACCUUCCUCCCGGUCUGCUGCCCAACCACAAGAUGUCCAUUGUCAUGUUCCUGGAGAGAGUGUAUGGCGUGGAUGACCAGAGCACCUUCUUCAGAAUCCUGGAGGAGGCCUUCCUGCCAGAUCUCCGAGCGGCCACCACAUUGGACUCUGCUAUGGCAUCUGAGAGUGACAUGGCCCUGGCCUUGAACCGGUACCUGUGUAACUCAGUGCUGCCGAUGUUGACCCACAACAGCCAGUACUUCAGUGAUGCUGACCACUACUCCCACCUGAUGGACUCGCUGCUCCACACGGUGUACAGACUGUCCAAGUGCCGGACACUGACCAAGGGCCAGCAGGAGACUGUGUCCGACUUCCUUGUCUCCUUCACUGGGCAACUGAGGCCCCCGAUGAUGACCAGCCUGCUGAAGAAGCUCACCAGAGAUGUCCCAGCAUUGUCAGAACAUGCCAUUGUGCCUCUCAGGGUUCUGACAGCUCACUACGAGCGCAGUGGUCGCUACUACAGCAGUGGUGGCGGAGGGUACGGGUCGGGCACGGCCAGCGAGGAGGAGAAGAGGCUGUCAAUGAUUCUCUUCAGUGGAAUAUUUGACUCUCUGGCAAAGAGGGCAUACGACCCAGAGCUGUUCUCCAAGGCACUGCCAUGUUUGUCAGCGAUUGGUUGUGCCCUGUCACCUGACUACUCCCUGAGUCACACCGACGCCAGCUGGUACCAGCAGUCUAGCAGUGACAUCGAGGGCAACUACGUGCCUCAACCCAUCGAAACAACGAGAGUGAACCUGACUCCAUCAUUUGACAACACUCUCAACAAGUUUGCAGAGCACUACCACGACAGCUGGGCAGUCAAGAAGCUGGAGAGCGGGUGGCUGUUUGGAACCUCAUAUGAUGAGGACAGGAAACUUCAUCCUCUGCUGAAACCGUACCAUCUCCUUGAUGAGCGGGCGAAGAGGAAGUACACGGAACCAGCCCGGGAGACGCUGAGGACAAUGUUGGCCCUGGGGUGGGGCAUCGACCAGGACAACUCCCGAGCCCCCACCAGACAAGACUCCAUCAAGCGCAGGGCCUCCAAGGCCAACGUGUUUGAGCAAGGCUACAGUCCACGACCUUAUGAUUUGAGGAAUGUCACCUUGACUAGAGACACUCAGACAAUGGUGGACAGACUUGCUGAGAAUGCUCAUGAACUGUGGGCCAAGAGGAAGAAGGCAGAACUAGAGAGGAUUGGCGGAGGGCUGCACCCCCAACUUGUCCCCUACGACAUCCUGACGGACAAGGAGAAAAAGAAGUAUCGAGACCAUGCUCUGGAGCUCCUCAAGUUCCUGCAAUUCCUCAACUUCCGGAUCUCCAGCGGUGGCGACCUAGGCUUGGAUCGUAGACGUGAGUCUUCUUCCAGACACAACCCCAAGUCAGAGACGGACGGCGGCCCUGGGAUGUCAGCCACCGAGCGACGCUUCGCGUACAGCCUCCUGGAGAAACUCCUCGACUACGUGGAGAUCGCCUCGGUGAACAUGCGGCAGACGCGACCCAGCUCUCGUUUCAGUCGCAGGGGAAGCUACACACAAGCGACAGAGGACGUCAAAUUCUUUGGAAAGGUGGUGCUGCCGUUUGUAGAGAAGUACUUCCAUGCUCACCGUGUGUACUUCAUGGCGUGCCCGAAUACACCUGCCAGCACCUCAAGCAUGGCAUCUGUCAAGGAGAAGGAGAUGACAGCAAGUUUGUUCUGUAAGCUGGCCCAGACUUUAAGAGCCAAGAUCACUGCUUUCGGCUACGAUGUCAACAUUUCCGUCCGUUGCCUCCGAGUCCUUGUCAAGGCUGUAGAUUUUAGGUCUGUGGUAAAGAAUUGUCCUGAGAUUGUCCGCUCCCACCUCCUGCCGUUCUUCAACAACGCUGCAGAUGACCUUGCACAGGUCAUGGACAAUCUGCUGAAAGGUCGCUUCAGUCAUGUCAAGGGCACCAUCACCCGUGGUGCCACCUCACUUAACUACGUCCACAUGGUGCUACUGCCGGUGCUGUCAGCACAGUUUGACCACCUCGGCAACAACAGCUUCGGCACAGAUCUUCUGGUUGGAGACAUUCAGCUAGCUUGCUACCGCAUCCUGAACGCCCUCUACACGUUGGGAACGAGCAGCUCCGUGUUUGUGCAAAGCAGACCUACCAAGUCUAGAAAAGCUGACAAACCUAGACAUCGUCCAGCACUUGGAGAGUGUGUGGGGUCUCUAGCCAGCUGUUUCCCCGUCGCGUUCCUCGAGCCAGACAGAAACAAGUACAACCGCUACUCCAUACUCUUUGGCUUGGAAGGGAAAAUCUCCGAGCACUCUCUGGAAGCUCAGGAGGUUAUGGACCAACUGGCAGAGAACCUUCCAAAUCUGAACAAGAUUGUGGCAGAAAUUGAGGAACUGGCACACUCUGGUGGCAAAUAUGCUGAGGCCCCACACGUUAUAGAGGUCACACUCCCAAUGUUGUGCAGUUACCUGCCAUUCUGGUUGAAUCAUGGGCCUGAAAUGACAUCGGAUGGAAACAGUGUGUCAGCAGUGACAGCCAAGCAGAUGAAUGCUGUCCUGGGGAAUGUGCUGAAGCUCAUCCUCAAUAACAUUGGGUCAGAAGAUGCUCCUUGGAUGAACAGGAUUGCCACUCGCACCCAGCCCAUCAUUGGCAACUCCACCCCGGACAUGAUCAAGGAUCACUUCCUGCCCAUCGCCAAGAAGCUGAAGGAAGCAUCCGUCAAUGUGGAGUACUAUGAAAAGCGACUGAUCAUUGACAAGAGGUCAACAUCUGACAGUUCCGACAUGGAGGCAGUGGUGCAGGAGAAAUACAGUGUUUUGACCAGAGACAUCUACGCGUUCUACCCACUACUGAUCAAGUAUGUAGAUCUCCACCGCUCACACUGGCUGAAGUACCCUGCAGUGGAAUGUGAGGAACUGUUCAGUGGCGUAGCAGAGAUCUUCUCCAUGUGGUCCAAGUCCCUGAUGUUCAAGCGAGAAGAGCAAAACUUUGUUGCCCACAAUGAAAUAGACAACAUGGCACUUAUCAUGCCCAGCCAAUCAAAAGGAAUGGCUGUAUCCAAAAUUAAUCCUCAAGAUGGCACUGCAAAGAAAGCAAUAACCACCAAAAGGAAGGAAAAGAAACGUCUUGAGCCACAUAACAGUUUACACGUUGCUUGUCUCAAACGUUUGGUGCCAAUUGGUUUGAGCUUCUUUUCGGGACGGGAGCAAGAACUGCUCCAACAGGCAAAGCAGAAGCUCAUUCAAAUAACCAUCUCCGAAAAGAAGGACCCCGAUGGAGAUAUCGAAGAAUUCCUUCUUCAAAGCUUAGAAACAGUUGAAGGGGUGAUUGAUGAAGCUUCAAGGUGGCAGAAGGUACUUUAUAAGAAGAUUGGCGACACAAGCACAACAGGCCAGAGCAAGUCAAGCCGGGACAAGAUUAUUGGGCGAAUCAUAUCCAUGGCAAAGGUUAUGCAUGGUCUUUACCUGGAAAAUAUUCAAAGCCAGGUGGAGAAUCCAGCAAUGGCUGUUUUGGAGAGGAAGAGACAAACACAUCAUGGACACGUUGAGCACCCCCACCUUGGUUUGAAGAGUGCUUGGAAGAAGGUGAUUUCGUCUCAGAGGAAGAGGGCUGUCAUGGCAUGCUUCAGAAUGAUACCUCUUCACAGUCUGCCCAGACAUCGUGCCAUCAACUUGUUCCUGAAAUCCUACAAGCACCUGUGGCUAGAAACGGAGGAACUGGACAAGAACAUCCUCAUCACAGACCUUACACAAGCCAGUGAGAAAGAAGAUGAAGGGGAGAAGAAGGAGGAGGAAGAAGUUAAACCAGACCCCCUGUCUCAACUAAUCACAUGUCUCAGUCGUGCUGCAACCAAGGAGCAGCAGAGCAGCCUACCAGAAGAUCCCCUGUACAUGUCCUAUGCUGAAAUCAUGGCCAAGAGCUGCAGUGGUGAGGAUGAUGACGAUGAUGACGAUGGAGGGGAGGACGAGGGUCCAGGACCGUCCUUCGAGGAGCAGGAGAUGGAGAAGCAGAAACUGUUGUCGGAACAGUCGCGGCUGGCUGACCGCGGUGCUGCUGAGAUGGUGCUUCUGUAUAUGGGUGCCAGCAGAGGGGAACUCGGACCUAUGGUGACCAAUACUAUCGAGCUUGGCAUCUCGCUGCUCAGGGGUGGCAAUGUGGAUGUGCAAAAGAAAAUGUUGCAACAUUUGAAGGACAAGAAAGAUGUGUCCUUCUUUACCUCAGUGGCUGGUUUGAUGCAGCAGUGCAGUGUUCUUGACCUUGAUGCGUUUGAACGAACCAACAAGGCGGAGGGACUCGGGAUGAGUACAGACGUAGCUGCUGCAGACAAGAACGAUGCUGAGUUCACCUGUAAAUUGUUCCGCUUCCUCCAACUGAUGUGUGAAGGUCAUAACCUGGAGUUCCAGAACUACCUGCGCACCCAGGCCGGCAACACCACCACCGUCAACAUCAUCAUCUGCACAGUAGACUACCUGCUCAGACUCCAGGAAUCCAUCAUGGAUUUCUACUGGCACUACUCAGGGAAGGAUGUCAUUGAUGUUGCUGGCAAGGAGAACUUCUGUCGUGCCAUCAUGGUUGCCAAGCAGGUCUUCUGCACACUCUCUGAAUACAUUCAGGGUCCUUGCUCUUUGAACCAGCUGGCUCUAGCUCACAGUAGGCUGUGGGAUGCUGUUGGAGGCUUCCUCUACAUCUUCUCCCACAUGCAGGACAAACUCUCAAAGGACCCGGAUCAGCUGGACCUGUUGAGGGAGUUCAUGAAGCUGCAGAAGGAUAUGAUGAUCAUGUUGCUGUCCAUGUUGGAAGGCAAUGUGAUGAAUGGACCAAUUGGAAAACAGAUGGUUGACACUCUGGUGGAGUCGUCCAGCAAUGUGGAGAUGAUCCUCAAGUUCUUCGACAUAUUCCUCAAGAUGAAGGACCUGACCACUUCUGAAGCAUUCUUGGAAUUUGAUACAAAUCAUGAUGGGUACAUAUCUGCCAAAGAGUUUCGGAAAGCCCUGGACAGUCAGAAAGCAUACACACGGGAGGAGAUUGAGUACAUCAUGAUGUGCGUUGACGCCAACCAUGAUGGCAAGGUGGACUUCCAUGAGUUCACAGACAGGUUCCACAACCCCGCCAAGGACAUCGGCUUCACCAUGGCUGUCCUGCUCACCAACUUGUCAGAACACAUGCCCAAUGAACCCAGACUGGAGCGUAUGCUGGAGAAGGCACGCAGUGUGCUAGACUACUUCACACCCUACCUGGGCAGGAUCGAGAUCAUGGGCAGCGCCAACAGGAUAGAGAGAGUGUACUUCGAGAUCAAGCAGUCACAUAUCGACCAGUGGGAGAAGCCCCAGAUCAAGGAGUCGAAGCGGUCCUUCCUGCACAGUGUGGUUAAUGAGGGAGGCGACAAGGAGAAGCUGGAGAGCUUUGUCAACUUCUGUGAAGACACCAUCUUUGAGAUGCAACACGCCACCAGCAUCAGUGCCGAGGAGCAGAGACUGGCGGCCAUGAGGAGUGGUGCUGGCAUCUCAGGGGAGGGAGGUGAAGAGCAACGGCCUAAGAAAAAGAAAGGUGUGUUGGAGCCUGUGAUCCUGACAUACCGCUUCCUACGGGAGUCCCUUGGUGCCCUACUGUCCUUCAUGACCUGGUCCAACAUGAAGAAGACCUACAAGACGGUGAAGAGCAUGACCUACUGGCAGCUGUUUGUGGCUUCGAUCAAGCUCAGCUUUAAGACAGCCUUCAUGCUGAUCACUCUCUUCUUCCAUAUCUGCUGGACACUGAUGAAGUUCCUCAUCAACCUGAUGAUGGGCGACCGCACAGUGGAUGAUGGCAAGAAGCCUGAGACUGAGAGCGCCAUACCCCUCCCUGUAGGUCCUCUAGCACUAGCUGCCGCUGGGAUACCGCCGGACGACACGAGGGAGCCCAAUAAACAAGCUGCCCCAGCUACGGCUACUGUGGACUCCAAUCAAAAUAUGAAGCCGGGAGAGAAGCAGGCCACUGCAGCAGCAGCAGGAGCAACAAUGGAGGCCACGAUGCAGGAGGAGACCAUGGAAAUGAUGCAGACUAUGGAGGUUGAGGAGGAGGUGAUUGUAUACAAGGAGCCAGAACCAGUCGUGGCGCCACCUACAAUACCACAACUAUCAGACACUACAAACGGUGUCCCACCCAGCAUGGAAGGGGGCGAGAAAGAGGGUCCCACAGAGGAGGAGGCAGGAGCAGAGAGUCAGGAGUUCGACUACACCAAAUACAUCCUCAGCUUGUUUGCCAGGAACUUUUACAACUUCAAGUACAUUGCCCUUGCCCUAGCUUUCGCAAUCAACUUUGUUUUACUUUUCUUCAAAGUGUCCAAGUCCCCACAACUACUUGCUGAUGCUGCUGGUGCAGGGAAUGACACAGAUGCUGCUGCUGGUGGGGCCGAUGACGAUGAUAUUCCGGAAGUGAUGUUGAUUGAGGGAGACUAUUCCUAUUUGGAACCAGUGUUGCGUGUUAUAGCAAUAUUACACACUCUGGUGUCGUUCUCCAUGCUGGUGGCCUACUACUGCCUCAAAGUGCCUUUGGUUAUUUUCAAACGGGAGAAGGAGAUUGCCAGACAGCUGGAGUUCGACGGCUUGUAUAUAGCAGAGCAACCAGGGGAUGAUGACGUCAAAGGUCAUUGGGAUAAACUGGUGCUCAGUACGCAAUCAUUCCCGGAGUCGUACUGGGAUAAGUUCGUGAAAAAGAAGGUUCGAGCCCGUUACGCAGAGCAGUACGACUAUGAGCAGAUCAGCAACUUGUUAGGAAUGGACAAGGCAGAACCUGUUGCAGAAGACAAAGAUGAUAAGCCAGGAUACCUGCCACAAUUUUUGAGGACAAUGGACUGGCAGUAUCAGAUCUGGAAGUGGGGAGUCAUCUUCACUGAUAAUUCUUUCCUGUACAUCGCAUGGUACUUCCUCUUCUCAGUGAUGGGCAACUUCAACUUUUUCUUCUUUGCUGCCCAUCUGCUGGAUGUAGCCAUCGGCUUCAAGACACUGCGAACCAUCAUGCAGUCAGUCACACACAACGGGAAACAGCUGGUGUUGACAGUGAUGUUGCUGAGUGUAAUCGUGUACAUCUACACCGUGAUAGCCUUCAACUUCUUCCGCAAGUUCUAUGUGAAGGAUGAAGACGGUCAGAUUGACUACAAGUGCCAUGACAUGUUGACUUGUUUCGUUUUCCACUUGCACACUGGUGUACGAGCGGGUGGUGGCAUAGGUGACGAGAUAGAAGCAGCUGACGGGGAUGUGUACGAAGUGUACCGUAUCCUGUUUGACAUCACCUUCUUCUUCUUCGUCAUUGUCAUCCUCCUGGCCAUCAUUCAGGGUUUGAUCAUCGACGCCUUUGGUGAGUUGAGAGAUCAGCUCGAGCAGGUGAAAGAGGACAUGGAGUCCAAGUGCUUCAUCUGUGGCAUAGGGAAAGAGUAUUUCGACAAAGUGCCACAUGGGUUUGAGACCCACGUACAAAAUGAACACAAUUUUGCAAACUACAUGUUUUUCCUGAUGCAUCUCAUUAAUAAACCGGACACAGAAUACACGGGACAGGAAUCCUAUGUGUGGGAGCUGUACCAACAACGCUGCUGGAACUUCAUCCCCGUUGGAGACUGUUUCCGCAAACAACACGAGGAUGAGGUUUCUCCGCACUAAAACUGUCAGUGAAUCUCAGACUCUUGAAGUCAAUAUCUGUGCAAUAAGAGACAAUCACAAUGGCCAAUUUCAAGGAGAAUACUUUGUUCUGAUAAUAAGGCACCAGAUUCUUUAGUGCUGAUAAUAUGGACUACAUGGAAGGAGUUGGUUCCAUAUUCUUGCGAGCAGGAUUAACAUGGAGUGAUAAUGUCCCUCCUGUGGCUGAUAAUGUGAGAGAAACAUUACUUGUGCCAAAGACACAUGAAGAGAAUGUGGAUUAUCUUGUUUCUUGUACAAUAAUUUAUUGAACACUUUGUCGAUAUAGGCAAAGACGAACUGCCAUUGUGUACGAAAGAAAUAAUCCUGUUUUCUACAUCGUAUUGUGUACAUUACAUGUAAUUGAAAGAUAAACCAUGACAGUUGAACUGACAAUUGAACUUUUGUAAAUUGUAAAUGUUUGUACAUUUUGUAAUAUAAAAGUUGAGAUGUUAAUACGCAACUGUAAAAACGCAGAUCAGCUUGUACAGUAAACAUAGAGACCUCGUCUGACCUCGAUAGCGCCGAAGGUUCGUGUGACCAACUGUUCUGUGAGUAUUGUACAUAUUUGCACCUUAUGACUACAACCAGAGCUACAAGGUAUAAACCCAAUUUGUGACAAUAACAUACUGAUUAUGGCAAUGCUGUUAUCUAAUAACACUUGAACUACUCAGUGCUGUGCCUUUCACUGAAGGUGACGCACAACGCGCGGACUAUUACGAUGAGGCGUAGACAGUGUGCUAGAAGAGUGUUCUGUUGUUAUGUAGUUAGUGCAGAGAUGCCAACCAUUAUCUUUUUACCGGAAUUAUGAUGAUAAUUUGUCCCAUGUUCAUUCAUACAUUAAAGGGAAAUGUGUCUGUCAGUACAAUAAAGGAAAAGAUAUUACAAAGAAAUGUUAUUGGCACAAAAAUAUUUUGACUCACAUGGUCGCAGUUAUAUAGAACAUGUUAGCUUAAAAACCCACACAAUAAGUAGAUACGACAAUGUGUAAGCCAGUUAUUUACUAUGUCGAAAAAUAUUUUUUCCAGUGUAGUGCAUGAUAUGAGAAAAUCACAGGCACUGUAGCGUAGUACAAUCUUGUCAAGUUUACAGACGUUUGGAAUGUAAAAGAUAAUCCAGUCAAUCAUGCUAAUGAUAAUUGCUAUAUUCAUAGGGGGGAAAUAAGUUAUGUUAUUCCCCAAGUGACCCAGAUAUUCUUACCGCCUCUAUUUAAAACUGGCAUCUCUGUUAGUGAGUGAAUGACAUUAUAUUCUAGUAUGCAGCAGUGUGAGUCCAUCCAAUGUUUAUAAAUACACUAAUUUGAUGGAGAUACGUGAUUCCUAUUGACUGGAGAGAAACUGAUAACAGUGAUUUCACUGGCAAUCAAACAUUACUGGUUGAAAUUCAUUUGAUUGCUAGGAUGAUUUUCAGAGGUUUGUGUAAAAGUGAAUUGGCAGUUUGGGAACGUUUGUCAGUUUGGAAUGUUGUUUUCUCCAGUGAAUACUUUUGGUAAUAUGUACAGUAUAAAUACACCAAGUUGUGUACAGUUUACAUCCUUAACACUGUUGUGUGCGUUUGUACAGCAACCUCAUAUUCAACUUCAUCAUAGAGUUCUAGGUGCUGAGAAUGGCUUGUGUUGGAAGGUUAAAGUGUUGAGCACUUGCCUUUUGAAUGUAAUUUAUUUCUAUUUAUUAAAGGGUGUAUGCAUAUUCACCAGUAACUUAUUGUGGAGAGUUGAUUUGCAAAGUGCAAUAGCGUGUCCAUAUAGUUUUCUUUACUAGUUGUUUUUUAGCGGGCUUCUAGUAUUGAAUCAAAACGUUUUAUAUCCAGUUUUCUUUUACACCGAAAUCGAAGUAGACUGCAUCAUAAAUCUAUUUUUCAUAUGUGCAAUAAGUUAGCGUGGACUGCUUUACAACUGUUGAUAUAUUUAUAUUUCUAGUCUUUUGUUACUUGUCAUUUGAUAUUUGGAUCUUGUACAUUUUUCAAGUUGUUGUUUGGUGGCGCUGAAGGCAGUUGGCUGUAUUGUACACUAGAAAACAAAGGAUCUGUUUUGCAGUUUCAAAGCCAAAUUUUGUAGCUUCUCGACUUGUCAAAAAGGCAGUGUAUGUCUGCGAGGAUGGUCUUCCCCACUGGUGGCCCCGGCGAGUUAGAAAUCUGUGUGUGUGCUAUGUAUUGUUUGCCUUCGUGUCAGCUGGAGUGUUGCACCCAACCUACACUUUCUGGGAACCAAACUCUUUUGGUUUGAUUCAAGAAAGGUUUGAAUAAUAAAGUUUGAAAAAUAUA